AUCAGGUUAGUGUGCGCCGCGGGUGCUGGGGGCUCGAGCACCGAGCGGAGCUGGUUGAGCCUUCAAAGUCCUAAAACGCGCGGCCGUGGGUUCGGGGUUUAUUGAUUGAAUUCCGCUGGCGCAGGAUCCUCUGCAGAGAGAGAGAGAGAGAGCGCGAGAGAUGGAUAUGGACAAACGGAUUCAUUUAGAGCUGCGGAACAGGACGCCCUCUGAUGUGAAAGAACUCGUCCUGGACAACUGUCGGUCAAUUGAAGGCAAAAUCAAAGGCCUCACAGAUGAGUUUGAAGAACUGGAAUUCUUAAGUACAAUCAACGUAGGCCUCACUUCCAUUGCGAACUUACCAAAGUUAAACAAACUCAAGAAGCUUGAACUAAGCGAUAACAGAAUCUCAGGGGACCUGGAGGUAUUGGCAGAAAAAUGUCCGAACCUUAAGCAUCUAAAUUUAAGUGGCAACAAAAUAAAAGACCUCAGCACAAUAGAGCCGCUGAAGAAGUUAGAGAAUCUCAAGAGCCUAGACCUGUUUAACUGUGAGGUGACCAACCUGAAUGACUACCGAGAAAACGUGUUCAAGCUCCUGCCCCAGGUCACGUACCUCGAUGGCUACGACAGAGACAACAAGGAGGCCCCUGACUCUGAUGUUGAGGGCUACGUGGAGGAUGACGACGAGGAAGAUGAGGAUGAGGAGGAAUACGAUGAGUAUGCCCAGCUAGUGGAAGAUGAAGAGGAAGAGGAUGAGGAGGAAGAAGGGGAAGAAGAGGACGUGAGUGGAGAAGAGGAGGAGGAUGAAGAAGGCUACAAUGAUGGGGAAGUGGAUGAUGAGGAAGACGAAGAAGAUGCUGGUGAAGAAGAAAGGAGUCAGAAGCGAAAACGAGAACCCGAAGAUGAGGGCGAAGAGGAUGACUAAGGGGAAUUAACCUAUUUGGGGAGAUUCCUGUUGUGAUUUGACUGUUUUUACCCAUAUCCCCUCCCCCUCCUAUUCCUGCCCCCCGAAACGUAUUUUUUUCUGAUUGUAGCGUUGAUGUGGGAAUGAGAGGGGAAAAGUGUACUGGGGGUCACGGGGGGGUGGGGGGAUGGGGGAGGAAUAAAGUACUAUUUUUACUGCCACUCUUUAUUUUCCCCCCUCCUUUUUCCUUGUGUCUGGUUUUGUCCCCGUAAAUGCAAUAGCUUAGUACGCACCAAGCAAGUGUUUGUUCUUACUCUCUGGAGAAGGUGGCUUUGAGGUCUCUUAACAUUUUUUGGUAUGUCCCACAUCCCCAGAGUUGUUGGGAGGCUGUGGCUGGCCUCCACCAGGUGACUCACAGCCCUUGUCUUCAGUAACUCUGAUCUGGUUCACGCGGUCUCUGCUGGAGGCACCCAGCACCCCGGGUUUGUAAAUAGCUACCUAAAGGUGUAUUUUGGCACUGGUUUGGGGACAUUCCCCCUCUCUCACCCCUUUUCCCCCAUCGCAGAUGGUAGUGGGCUUUGCUUUUGCAAAGAGAACUUGCGUUACUCUGAAGCCAUGAUCCCGAGAGCCAAAAAAAGGCAGACUUAGGAGAUACGAGCAAAAUGGGCUUGGUAAUCAUGAAAAUCGGCGAACCUUCAUAUUUCAACUUCUUUAAAAAAAAAAAAAAGCAACCUGUCCUAUCUUGUUCUGUAAAAUAUUAGAGCAGUUUGUUUUGCAGAAAUAACAGGAGGACUCAUUUCGGGAACUCCAGCUUAGAACCUUUUUACAAAUCUAAGCUCUGGGGGCCCACUGCAUGUCCACCGGGUUUUUGUUUUAUUUUGUUUUCCUUCUUGCAUACAUUGGAGCACGGAAAAGGAAUGCAAAAUUGUAUUUUCUUACCUAGUGGGACUCUGAAUUGACUGCAGGUUCCUCCUAGCGAAUGCUGUUUGCUUUCACCGUCCCCUUCCGGAUUGCUUUAGAAGUGACGACGCGCUGUUCCCUGCUCUGUGUCUCUCUGUACAAAGAACAUCUGCAACCCAUUUUUCUCCCACCCUUGAGAAGAGCCAAACUUUGAGUUUUAUGUCUGUUUGUCAUUGAUAAAUUUCAAUAAAUCUUUUUUAUACAA